AAAUAUAGGCCAAGAAAACAACCAAAGAAAACUGAACAACCCUCCAUGGAUUUAGGACCUCCAUGCACCAACAAACUCCAUCAUCGUCGAAUCCAACAGACAUCUUCAGUUCGAAAAUGUUAAGGUAUAAAAAAAGAAACACAAUGAGUUCUUCUCCCCCUCCCAAAAAAAAAAAACACAAUCUUUUUCCUUUCCCCUUCUUCACAAGCCCUUUCGUGUUCUUCCCUUCCCCAUUGAUGGGGUCGAAUUAAGUAGCUUCCCCAUAGAUUAGCCUCAAAACAAAAAAAUCUAGUUAUAUAUUAUCUAGGGUUCUUAAGAGAAAAACCCAAAAAAAAAGGAAAAAAAAAAGUUAAAAUCGAGGGCUUGUGGAAAAAGAAAAUGGCGAAAAUUAUCGGAGGGAGAAAGUUCAACAUUAUUAGGGUUGUAUUUGCAUUGGUCCUGGUAGCCCUAGCAAGCCUCUGUGAGGCUAAGGGCUUGUGGAAGCCGCGCUUGCCGGUGCCGGUGCCGGUGCCGGGAGUGGGCUUGGUGAGGGCGAGGGUUGCUAAGGCUAGAGACCCUCUGGCAAUUCAGGCGAGCGAGGCCAUCCGUGGUUUGGACCUGACCGAAAAGGUGUUCAACGUCUUGACCUAUGGAGCCGAUGCCAGUGGAUUGGAUGAUUCUACGGAGGCUUUCAUGAAGACGUGGGUGGACAUGUGCCACUGGAACGGGAAGUCGAGGAUGUUGGUGCCACGUGGCACCUUCCAAGUGGGUGAACUCGUGUUCCAGGGCAAAUGUGCCGGCCCGGCCGCGAAGGUGGUCGACAUCAAGGGCACGCUCAAGGCUCUCACUGACCCUAGCUCCUUCACGUCCGACUACUGUAUCCUCUUCCAGCUCAUAGACGGCCUGAUCAUCAUUGGGAGCGGGGUCAUCGAUGGCCAGGGCGCUUCCGUGUGGCAGUACAGCGACUGCAACAGCAACAGCAACUGCCAGCGCAUGCCCAUCAACGUGAAGUUCGACACAGUCAGCCACGCGAUUGUGAGCAGGCUCAAUUCUGUGGACAGCAAAGGGUUCCAUAUCGGGGUCACGAACAGCAACAACAUUAGGCUGUACAAUCUUCGCAUUACAGCUCCAGAUGAGAGCCCCAACACCGACGGGAUCCACAUCAGCAAGUCCAACAAUGUAAAGAUUUCCAAUGCCGUGAUCGGGACCGGUGACGAUUGCAUCUCCAUGAUCCAGGGCUGCACCGACAUCACCAUCAAGAAGGUUUUCUGUGGCCCUGGCCAUGGCAUAAGCAUUGGUAGCCUCGGUAAAUACAAGAACGAGGCAGAUGUGAGGGGCAUCACAGUGAAGAACUGCACAUUAACCGGCACCGAGAAUGGUGUCAGAAUCAAGACUUGGCCGGAUUCACCUCCAAGUGCGGCUUCGAAACUUAUCUUCGCUAACCUCGUCAUGAACAAUGUCAAGAAUCCCAUUAUCAUCGAUCAGGAGUACAAUUCUCACAACAAGAAGCAGAUAGUACCGUCCCGUGUAAAGAUUAGCGAUGUCCACUUCGUCAACAUAAGGGGGACAUCGACAUCUCCAUUGGCAGUCAACAUUGUAUGCAGCAAACAAUUUCCUUGCCAGCAAAUACAGUUGAAGAACAUCAAUCUACAAUACACUGGGUUGCCCUCUAAGGGCCCAGUCACCUCUACCUGUCUCAAUGCACAGGGACUAUUAUUCGGAGGCAUUCAGAUCCCGCCGGCUUGCAAGUAGGGUUUAUCUGCCCUUUGCAACACUAUCAUCUCAUAUUGUUAUAUCAGGGUGGGGAAGAAAUGUGUCAUUGGGUGCAUUUCUUAAUGUCAAUUGUCGUAAAUUUAGAUAAAUGGAAUUAUGUUUUGUUGGAUUAUAUCCCAAUCAACUGAU